GGAGUCUCUCUCCCCGCACCCAAAGCUGCACGCAGAGCUGCUCCAGUACCAGUCGUACCAAAUUCACAGAGAAGCCGAAAAAAUCAUUCACCAUGGGAAGCAGAUUGGGAAGGAGGGUAGUCCACUUCGCAAACCUACCCAUCAAGCUUCUGAUGCCCAACAACUUCACCAACAUCACAGAAAUCGCUCUCAAAACCAUCCCAUCGGCCUCCAAGAUCGAAAUCAAGCGCGUCAUGGAGUCCCUCUACGGAUUCCAGGUCGAGAAGGUCCGCACCCUCAACAUGGAGGGCAAGAAGAAGAAGCGUGGCGGUCUUCUCAUCGCAAAACCCGACUACAAGAAGGCCUACGUCACCCUCAAGGCUCCCCUCUCUCUCUCCCAGGACCUCUACCCCAUCGGAAUCGUCCAGCAGGACCGCAAGCAGCAGACAGCCAACCAGACCAAGUCCGCUGUCGUCGAAGAGGGCGAGACGGAGAAGCAUUGGCUUUACGGGAACAAGGAGCGGCAGCAGCAGCCGGCAGGCACUCGCAGGGGUAAGAACACCGGUAAGGGUUCGGCUGUUUUCGGCGACGGCUCCGCCAAGUUCCCGUGGAGCAACAUGAGGUUCCGCUAGGCAGGUUUGACGAGAUUUUAAGGUUUUUAUUCGGAGACUUUGAAUUUUAUGAUGUUUGAGGGUUUGAUAAAUUAUCGAGGACGGAACUUUAAUAGGCUUAUUAUGACAUAUGAUAUGAAAGAAAUGUCUUUUGUUUCGUUGAUAA